UGCCCGCCGUGCGCGCUGCCGGAGCCCGGGCGGCGGCCAGCCGGGUCCCGCCGGCCGCGAUGCGGCGCUGAGGGCCUCCGGAGCGCGGGGCCCGGCAUGACGCGCUGACGGCCCCUCUGCCGCCCCGGGCUGGCCGCCCGGCCUGCUCCGCCAUGGCGAGUGACAGCGGCGGGCUCAGCGGGCUCAGCGGGCCGAGCGCCAGCGAGCGCGAGCGCCAGUACUGUGAGCUGUGCGGGAAGAUGGAGAACCUGCUGCGCUGCGGCCGCUGCCGAAGCUCCUUCUACUGCUCCAAGGAGCACCAGCGCCGGGACUGGAAGAAGCACAAGCUCGUGUGCCAGAGCGGCGAGGCCGGGCCCAAAGGGGUUCCCGGGGCGGGGGGAGCGGCCCGGACAACGGCGGGGCCGCGCGGAGACGGCGCCGAUCCCGCGUCCGCGCCCACCCCCGGGGACGCCGCCGGAGGCCCCCGCGGAGGCCGCCGCGACCCCGAGGCGCCCCCGGCCCGGCGCUCGCCGCGCCCGGAGCGCACUCUGCUGAGCCCCGGGGUGGCGCUGAGCCCUGGCGGCGGAGCCGGGGGACCGCGGCCCAACGGGCAGACGAAGCCGCUGCCCGCUCUGAAGCUGGCGCUGGAGUACAUCGUGCCGUGCAUGAACAAGCACGGCAUCUGCGUGGUGGAUGACUUCCUGGGCCGCGAGACCGGGCAGUUGAUCAGCGACGAGGUGCGAGCGCUGCAUGACACCGGCAAGUUCACGGAUGGGCAGCUGGUCAGCCAAAAGAGCGACUCGUCCAAGGACAUCCGAGGCGACCAGAUCACCUGGGUAGAGGGCAAGGAGCCCGGCUGCGAAACUAUCGGGCUGCUUAUGAGCAACAUGGACGACCUCAUCCGCCACUGCAAUGGGAAGCUGGGCAGCUACAUGAUCAACGGGCGCACGAAGGCCAUGGUUGCUUGUUACCCAGGCAAUGGAACAGGUUAUGUUCGUCACGUGGAUAAUCCAAAUGGAGAUGGAAGAUGUGUGACAUGUAUAUAUUAUCUAAAUAAAGACUGGGAUGCCAAGGUAAGUGGAGGUAUACUUCGAAUAUUUCCAGAAGGCAAAGCCCAGUUUGCUGACAUUGAACCCAAAUUUGAUAGACUGCUGUUUUUCUGGUCUGACCGUCGCAACCCUCAUGAAGUACAACCAGCAUAUGCCACAAGGUACGCAAUAACUGUUUGGUAUUUUGAUGCAGAUGAGCGAGCACGAGCUAAAGUAAAAUAUCUAACAGGUGAAAAAGGUGUGAGGGUGGAGCUCAACAAGCCUUCAGACUCGGUCAGUAAGGAUGCCUAGUGUGGCUCGUGGCCCAGCAACACUCCUCAUGGACUCUGGGCGCUGCCUGUUAGCAUGUGGACAUGAAGGAAGGGGCGAGGCGGCGCGGGUCGGACAGCACUCCACCAGGGACAGAGCCAGCUUGCCCGGCUCAGCGCGCAGAAGACCGCCGCUCGGCCGGCCGGCUGCGAUCUGGGAUGGCUGACAGGAAGAGGAGACGUAUCGAGGGAAAAUGGCUUUUCUAUCUGGACCUGAAAUAAGUGCCCUACAUAGAAUUUUUUCAUUCUUAUAUUUUGCCAGAUCUGUCAUCUAGCUGAGUUCAUUUCAUGUCUUUUUUAUAUCAAAUUUGAAUUUGGGAUAAUUUUUGUACGAUUAGGUACAGUUUAUCAAAAACUGAAUUGAGAAAAAAAUUACAGUAUUAUUCCUCAAAAUAACAUCUAUCUAUUUUUGUAAACCUCUUCGUACUAUUAAAUUUUGCCCUAAAAGACAUCUUACAAUGAUUGUUGCCAGUAACUGACGACUGAUUUUCUUCUGACUUAAAGGAGCACUUUAAGAACCAACUGAAAACUCAGAUUGUUUUGUUGUCCUGUCUUACACUAAUUGAACUCUUUAAAGAUUGCUGCUGUCAUGUUUUUGGCAUUGUUAAAAAUGAAACCUAAUAGUAAAACAAGAAAAAAUACACAGAAGGGUUUAAUCUUUUAAGUUAAAAAACCAAAAAAACUAAAAUGACUGUAGUAAAUGAGUUUGAGGUUGCCCUUGGCAUCAAGUUCCUAAAAUUAAGGGCUUUCUUCCGUUUUCAGUUGUCUCCCCUAGUUGUAGACAUAAUGUCCCAAUUGAAGGCAUUUCCUUUUGCUUCUCCUCAAUGAACUGUAUACUUCCAAAUUUAUUGCUGCAUUUUUUCCCUUGGUCCUGGGCUCCAUCUGAUCUGCAGAUCAGAACCUUAUUUCUGCUACAGAGUGUCCAGGGGAGAGGGCAGAGCAGUGAAACAGACACAGAGGUGUAGACUCGCAUCCCUGGCUCCUCAGACAGCUGCGCAGCGUCUCCUCACGUGACGCGGCCUUCUGACCAGUGCUGAAAGAUGUAUGUUUAGCUUAGAAAAACAAAGUGUAAAACCAGAUAUUUUAUUUUUAUGUUCUUUGGAUCUUCUUUUUUACUUUUUAGAAAAGAGGGACUAUUACACAAUCACAUAGGCCUCCCAGACUUCUGAUAUUUAAAAAACAAAUCAGAGCUGGGAAUAGUGGUACAUGCCUACAAUCUCAGCAUUAUGGGAAGAUUGCAAGUUCAAGCCCAGUGUGGACAACUUAGUGAUUCAGCAAGAUCAUGUCUCAAAAAAUAUAAAGGGCUGGGAGGUAGCUCAGUGUGAAGGCCCGGAGUUCUGUCCCCAGUACUGCAAAAAACACAAACCUGAGUCGGGAUGGACAUCAUACGCUUCAUUUCUGUAGGCUUUGCAGCAAGGCCUGAGGGUGGUCCCCAUAUUUUGUAUGAAUUAUGGGUGUAAGACCUGCCCCCUUGGGUUUUCUGUCUCUGUCCUGAUCUUCUUUGCCAAAAUGUGAGUAUAUAGUUAUUUCUGUAUACUUCAACUUAGGACAGUUUCAGCAUCUGUAUAGUUUUUAUUCAAUUAGAGACCUUUUCUAUGGAAAGCUCAGUAAUUUUUAUUAAAAGAUUGCUAUUGUUCAUGUAAAACAUGAAAAAAAAUUGAGCCUGAUAAUGAACUUAGGGGUGGAUAUUCAGUACUGGGAUCUCACUUAGGGGACUUGCAGAAAGCUCAGUUGUCUUCCUUGCCCAUGUUCAGGUCUGCUGUGUGUCCUCUCUUUCUCUCCAGAUGCUCAGCGACACCUCGCCAGUAAGUGCCUCUGCUGCCUGACCUGGGAGCACAAGGCUUUGCCACCUGGUCUGCAGCGCGGUGUGCUGCAUCAGGCCACAGCUCGAAAGCACUAUCGUUUCUAGGGUUUGUAGGAAUCGUUUUGUGUUGGUGGGAGGUUUGUUUGAUUGUCAGGAUGUACAGCAACAACCCUUCACUUUGGGAGCUCCUGUGCCACCCAGAUGUUUACCUCUGCAGGUGCACAAAGUAUCUCUCCAUACUGUCCCUGGUUGUGACAGGUCUUACUUACAUUGUGUAUUUUUUGGAGUUUGUGUAUCUUCUUGGAAGUCAUUGUGAAAAGAUCCAGAAAUCAGGACAGCCAUUUCUUUAAUAUCCAUUUAAAAUCUAUUCAUUUCAUGUUAGUGGGACCGUUAACUUGUCACCAAGCAAGACUAUUUAAAACAAAAUUUAAAACUAUUUGUGGCCUAUACGUGUUAAUCCUGGUUAAAGAUGAAGCUUCAUAAUACUGUUUUUAUUCAACACAUUAACCAGCUAUAAAACACAGACUUUAUCAGUAGCAGGCAAAGAAUUUCAAGACAGACUAAAGUCAUGUAAUUUGAAAAGCAGUGUUUCCUUAUGAAAGAGCUCAAGUUGCUUGUAAAGCUAAUCUAAUUAAAAAGAUGUAUAAUUGUUCUUGAAA